AAGACCAAACAUUUGCUCCUGUGUUACAUGCUAGCUGUUAGUUGUCUUGCACAGCUCAGUUUAUUCAGUACAUUUCCAGAAAUGGAUGUAUUGGGAAAUUUAGAAGUCAGGUGGGCUCAGGGUUUGACAAGCCAAAAUGUUGAAUUUGUUGACAAGAAAACAGCCUGCUACAUUUGUGGGAAUUACAUCGUUUUCCUGAAUAUAGAGACGAACAUUAGAAGUGUGCUGCAGUGUCCUGGUCGAGGUAUUGGUGCCUUCACAGCAAAUGGACAUUGCAGGACACUUGCAUUCUCCAACCAUAAACUAAAUCCCUCCAUAUUUGUGUACAACUACCCUGAACUUAUUCUGAAGAAUGAACUGAAGGGAACAGCCCAUGUAGACUACACAUCUCUGGCACUAAGUGAUGCUGGUCCUUAUUUGGCCUGCUGCUCAUCAAUACCAGACCACACCAUAACAGUAUGGAACUGGGAAACUGGGGAUCCAAUUUGUAACCAACCACAAGCUGGAAAAGACAUCACCUCUUUGGUGUUUAACCCAAUGAACUGGCUCCAGAUUUGCUCUUUGAGUGCAUCAUCAUCCCUAACAGUUUGGAACAUUGAGAAGAGUGACAGCUUUCAUAUAAUGAAACCAGGUGUGAUAGAUCUCCCUGCGACUGAUGGCUGUCUGGUUGAGAGGGAGAUUAACCCCUCUCAUGUCCCCACUGGAAUACUCACCUACUUCGGACCUCAGAUGCCCACCUCAGCCAUCGCAGGGCUUGCAGAAGACAAGGCAGAAACCUUUGUGCCCAAAGAGCGCAUCAAGACCAGGCUAAGACCUAGCACCAUCUGCUGGACAGCCUCAUCAGAGCUCUAUGUGGGCUGUCAGGAAGGCCACCUACUGCAGGUUGACCCAGACUCUCUGGCUGUCUCUGUCCUCUUCAACCCCUCAGCUGCAGAUGACAUUCCUGGGUUCCAGCAGGGUAGCUUCCAGAGCUUAGCCCUGCACAAGGAUGGACUCUUUGUGUCAGGAAAGGAGAAUGUGCUACGCUGCUUAAAAAUUAAGGGGAACCAAGUGGAGGUUACACAAACUUGGACAUUGGAGGAACCAGCCACAACCAUAAUAUUUUCUCCAGACUAUGAAACACUGCUCUUAGCUUCCAGUACAGGGCGCAUCUACAGGUAUAAACGAUCCCAGUGUGAGAAGGUGGUGAAAGUCCUGGACGUUCUCAGUGGAGACUUUGUGGCAGCAGCUUCACUGUACACUGAUAAUAACUUAUGUGUGUCAGUGAGGGACUCAGGAGAGUUGCAGCUCUGGUCUCUAGAUGCUGGCUUCUGCAUCGGCUCUAUAUCUCUUCAAGUAAAGGUGACCAGUUUGGCCUGCUGUCCGAUUGCUCAAUACGUUGCCGUGGGAACAGUGUCGGGGCAUGUCCUGUUCAUUGAGCUGACCAGGGAGCAGCAGCCUCGUCUGGUGCACAGUGUUCACCUCUACUACACUCCUGUGGACCACCUACUUUUUGAUCAAGGAGGAAACUUCCUUAUCACUGGUGCCUCGGAUGCAAAUAUAUAUGUGUUGAAUGCAAGGGCUUCCAGAGAAUUUGAAGUAAUCGGAUACACAGGUGCUAAAGGAGCCAUCGUGUCCCUCUCUACCCAGUACAGCCGGGACAUUAAGCAGGUCAAACUGCUGGCUCUGUGUGCUGGAGAGAAGGACAUAGGCCGAGGGGAGGGAAGUCUGCUUACACUGCUCACUCUGCCUGUGCAGGAGCUCACAGGGGCAGGAGUGUGUACAGACCUGAGAGGAUGUCUUUCCAAUAAUGUCCUACAGCGGUGCACAUAUGAGGUCCCUCACGCACUCAGCUCCUCUGCCCUGGGAGCCAAUAAGAUCUUUGGCUACUGCCAAAAGAGAAAAGCUCUCCAGAGAUUCCAGCUACCUGAGAGCACAGAAUGGUCCUCUGACCAGGAAGUGGUCCAGUUGACCCCAGAGAAGGAGGUGGAGGGUCACCCUAUGGGCCCCGUCUCUGUCCUCCUGUCGCCCCACCAGUCUUGGCUGGCCUCGGUGGGCCAAGACGGACUGCUGCGCAUCCGAGAGAUCUCCAGUCUAGACCGGUAUGUUCAGAUGCAGUGCCACUCGUGUUGGCUGGGAGGGGUGAGGACAGUGUCCUUUACCUCAGACAGUCAGACAAUGAUCACUACAGGCCUGAAAGAUGGCUCUAUGGUCUGUACAAGACUAAGGCUGAAAAUGGCAGGUGUUGGCAAAGCGAAUGCAGCUACACAGUACAGCCAGUCUAUAGCCAAAUACCAGGAGAGUGUGAUAACAUCAGAGAAUCCUAUUCUCAGUAGGAUGGCUGACUGGGACCCAGAGGCCCUGUCCCCUCCUGGGUCUGCAGAUCUACACAGAGCAGAGGCCAAUGAUAAGCGACAGAUAGUUGAUGUGACGGAACAGGAUGAGAGCUCCACCAACCUGCCCUCAGCCACAGCCUCAGACUCCACCUGGCUGGACAACAAGCUGGAAGCGGUUAUCAAUGAGGAGAUACAGCAGUUUUCACAGACAAAGAAAAGCCUGAGGAAAAAUAUCAAACAAUUGCGUGACACAAUCCAGGCAAUGAUGCGUGAGAACGAGACGCUGCCUGACAUGGAGAAGCUGGAGCAGCAGGAGUUCAACCUGGAUGUAGAUGAGCAAAAGAGAUUGCAAGCCGAGGGGGAGCAGGAGGUCACCAGGGUCCGAAAUGAGAUUGAGUUGGAGAACCUAGCCAAGUGCUACCUGCGUGACGUCCUUAAGAGAGAAUGCUGGGAUUCCAUGAAGAUCAAAGGGCAAGCUAUCAAGGCCUUCCACACUGAACACGAGGUGAAGAACUACCCCAUGAAGGAGCGGACACAGCAGGAGCUGGAUGAACUUCAUAGAGUGGAGAGUAUGAGGAAGAUUGAACGGGCUGACAGUAAUCUCCAGCAGGAGAUUCUAGAGAAGAAUAGCAAGACCACGGCGGAAGAAGAGGAGGAGGAGGAAGGCCGUGAGAUGGAGAGUGCUUCCCUCACAGGUAGCCUCAGUGCCCAGUAUGGAGGCUCAAACCCCUACCUCUACAAUCAGUUCAACCUGCACAUCAGAGAGCAGAAGAUCAACCAGAUCACUUUGCUACAGGAUGUCAUCUACAAAGUGAAGACAGCCUUUAACACAGACUUUAAGGGGGUGCACAAGCAGAAGGAGCAGGAGAUUAACCGAGUGAAAGAUAAGAAUCGUCGCAUCAUGGAGAUCAUGUCAGAGCUGGACCUCAAGAGGAAGCUGUGGGAGCCCAGCCUGUCUGACAACGAGCGGCCAGAGAGGGCACUGUCUGUGGAGGACUCUGAGAUUCAUUUUGAAAAGUACCUCACCCCAGAGCAGAGAACAAAAGAGGAGGAGAAGAAGAAAGAGGAGGAACAAAGACGGCAGACGGCCAAGAGUGACAAUAUCAGAGAGCGAGCUCUGGAUGAAAUGAUGGGUGGAGUACUCGAGCUAAAAAAAGAGGACAUCUUGAGAGUGGAGGUGCCUCAGCCUGAGUUCAUUGUAUCCAAACCGGACAUUCAGUGGACAGAGGAAGAGAAAAAGAUUUAUAAAGAGUAUGAGAAGAAAGCCAAAGAACUGAGCGAGGAACAGGAGAAGUACAGAAAGACUCUGGAAGCUGAAAUGAAGAAACUACAGACGUCCAUCAUGGACUCCACUCAGGGGUUUGAUGAAACCUUGACCAAGCUCUUUGAGAGGAAGGUGAAAUCUGAGAUGGUUAUAUACCAGGAAGAGCUGAAGAUUACAAAUCUAGUUCACUCCAUUCUGAUAGAGGAGGAGGUUCUCAAUAGAGAGCGAGAACUCAGCCUCAAGCUAGAAAAAAACAGGGUCUACAAGAAUGAGAUUGGAGAAGAGCUUAAGAAGCACAAAGAGGAUGUAGAAAUGUUCCGGGAGACCUACGACAAUGUUGUGGCCGAGGACAAACUUCUCGACAGGGGAUUCAGGAAGGAGUUCUUUGAUGUCCCAGGCCAUGUUGUUGAUCAGCUGUACAAGCUAUACAAGCGCAGACCCAGGGUCCAGAGGAUGAGGACCCAGGCAGACAACAGUACCAGCCCCUUUAAAGAGCGGCCACUGCCGGGCCCAGUGGCAGCAGAGGGUCUCUGUCAGAUGAUGAAGGCCAUGGAGGAGCUGGACGCUCCAGAGAACAUGCCUGAAAGCCUAGACGUGUCUGUGUGGGAGAGGUUCUGCCUGGCCCGCAGAGCCAAAGUUGAGAGUGAGCAGCAGGUGAAAGUUAAGGCUUUGACUCUGGCUGAAAUGCAGGCCUUUCUGCAGAAAAGGACCGAUGAGGAUGAGAGUGCAAGACUGGAAAUGAAAAGUCUCAUGGAUGACAUCAAUGGGCUACGAGAGGAGAAGAUGCGUUUCCGCCUGGACAUCAUGGUUCAGAUCUUGAUCAAGCAGGGCCAGGUGGAGGUGGAGAACGGAGACUUCAUUGCGGACUACUCUGACUCUCUGCUGCUCCAUAAGAGUGUGGUGGAGGACCUCAACGGGACCAUCAGAGCUCUAGGAGAGCAGAAGAUAGCCAGCAUGGUGGAGUGCAAGGACUUCCGUAAGGGCAUCAUCCAGCAGGAGUGGGAGCACAAGAGGAUGAGAAUGCAGAAGGAGGACCUGAACAACAAAGCCAGGGACAUUCAGAUGCUGCGAGUCUCUCAGGAGCUGCAGGAGUAUCUCAGUGAGACGGAUCAUGACAACCGCAUAUCAAAGCAGGUUUCAACUCUGGAGAAAACCAUAACAUUACAGGAAAAGACUCACCAAAAGAAUGUGCUGACCUGUAAGAAGUUGAUCAAGCAGCUGAACAGACAGGCAGCAAUGAAGGCAGCGAAGAAUUCUGCUCUGGAUGAGCAGCUGACCAACAUGCAAGUGACUGUGGCUGAGAGGAGGCACAUCUGUGAAGCCAUAGCCAUGGAGGAGAACCAUGAGAGUGAUGCAGAGGAGAGGUACCAGGAGAUCAUCCAGAGGAAGAAGCUGGUGGAUCUAGCCAGGACCCAGGCUGAGGAGGUGGCUACCCUCAGGGCAGAGGUGGAACGCAUGAGGAUGAAGUCCUUCCCCGCUCUCGCUCAGCUAAAACAUAACUGACAAGAUUUAGGAAACACUUUAUUUACAUUUUUUUAACAAAACAUCACAAACUGAUUUUCAUCUUUAAAUAUAGAACUCUAAUAAAAUAAAUUACUAUGGUAGGUAACAGUAUGAAAUUAAACUGAUGAAGUGGCAAAUUAAUGUUAUUUUUUCACUCUAAUUACUUGUGGAUCAUAGUAAAUUUAGGUUGAAAAACAUCCAGUACAUAAGAUUGAAUCUAGAUUAUUCAACGAAGGCAGGAAAUUUGAGAUCAACAAUUAAUAUUAUUUGUGACGAUAUGAACAGAAGGCAUGUGGGUCUAUGCAUUGGUGAAGUCCUCUUCUGUGCGGUCAAAGUGCAGUAUGCUGUCCUCUACACCAAAGAGGUCAAUUAGUUGGGAGAUGCUGGCUUUCCUGCCAUCUAUGGGGAGAUCUGACUGGAGCUCAUACAAUGCAGCCUGACUACAACUCCGCCACUUGUCAAUCAAAACUCUCAACUGUGUCAGGUCAUUCUAGAGAGAAGUGAGAGAUGGGGAAUACAAUAAACAGUGGUUGAAUAGUCACAUCCAAUUAUACGACUUUUUUUUUUACUAUGAGAGCACCCAUGUCAUUUAGCAUUUUCAUUGAGGGGUUACCUUGCUUCUGUACAUUUUAACCAUCUUCAGUCGCCGUAGUCUCUCGGUCCCUUCUUUAACCUCUCUCUUCAAUUGGUCUCGUAGUUGUAGCAAGUCUAUAGGAGUGGGUUGAGCUGAUUCAGGCAUGGGGCCAGGGACCCCAGCCCUUCUAGUCUCUGGACAUUCACUGGGCGUUCUCUCAUUUCUGUUGAUGUCAAUAUUCUUCUGUCUGUCUGUUUUGGCACCAUGCUCGGACUCUUUGUCUGCUGUUGAGGGUAGUUGGUCAUCAUCGAUGUUAAGACGUUUGGCCACGGAAACAGGAGAGGUGAAGGAACGUUUUGAUCUUUUCAGUCGUUCCUUCAGAGAAGAACUCAUCUGCUGUUUUGGCUGAGAGAACGUUUGACACUUGUGAAUGACACUGAACAACAGCAAGAAUCAUGCCAUAGGCUCAUUACUUAAUACGAAAAAUCCAUGUAGAAAAACAUCAGUACGUUAAAUAUGUAUGUUAGAGGGGUUUGACAGAAACGUUAAGAAAUGGUAUCUAACUAUACUGUAGCUAUCUUUGUGUGUGUAUUCAGCACAAUUAGAGGGGUUUGAAACAGAUUAGCUACUGGCUGCUACAUAUAUUAGUUAGGUAAUGUUAGCAACUUAGCUAGCUAGAUUUCACUGUAAACUACAUUGCAACAUGCCUGGUACUGUAGACCGUCCUUACCUUACCUUUUGCACACUACUGGAUUCACAUGGGCUUGAUUUUGAAUAGCAGGGUGUGCCGUACACAGGUUUUGAUUUGGUUGUCUUCGGUGUGGUCUCCAUUUCUUUAAUUACAACAAGCUACAUCCAUAAACACAACGCGUAGGUUACAAAUUGGCCUCGCGUAAAUUAUUCACGGGAUUAGCUUGCUAACAACAAGCUCAUGCAAACCUCCAAGCUUUUAUUGGUCAUUGUUACAGUCACAAAGUCAUAACCCCGCCUAUUUCUACAAUUUAUUUUCUUAAAAUCUGAUUUUAAAACUAACGUUAACCACACUGCUAACUUGUACAUAACACUAACCUUACAUUAACAUCAAAAAGCCAAUUGUUGUUUCCAUGAUUUUUUACGAUAUAGCCUAUUUUUAUUUUGUGGCUGUGGUAACUAAUGGAAAACAUUUUGAUUGGUUGAAAGUUGGACUCCACAUUUCCUGUUUACAGAAAAUAACUAUGGGAGUUGUAGUAUAUCAAUCCUAAAGCAGAUUUAAUUCGUUUCAGGCCAAUGUAUUUAUGAAUAUUUCAACUGGAAAAUCUAUUUUGUUUUAGUACAGAAAUCAACAACACAUAUUGCUUUAUUUUAUUUAAUCAGUAGUGUUGAAGAAAUAUUUUUUUCCCCAAAAUUAUUUUAGUUGUCCAGGCCUUCAAUAUUUUGUUGCAAUUACGUUCAGCUCAACAAAAACAUUUAAAUUCCCUAUUAAAGGAUUUAUUCGCUAAUCUCAAAUAUGGCCACAUAUGUUUUUCAAUUUGUGAGAGUUUUGCGAUGCCUUAUUUUAUUAAUUGUCUUUCAAUAGAGUUUGCCAGUUUGUAGUCCUAAAAACGGAAAUGAGUAAACUCUGCUUUGUUCAGCCAUUCCCAUGGGGAAAAUAAAUGGUGAAAGAAUAAAUUAUGUGUAUAAUCCCUGGAUUGCUCAUGCUAUGUGUUGGCCAUUGAAAGGAUUUGAAGCCACCGGUCGUACUCCAUAGGAAUUCAACAGUAUUUCAAUUAAAUGUUUCAAAGACAAAAUUACAUGCAUUUAUUAAGUAACAUUAGUACUCAACAUUAAUGUUUUCAUAUAUUUUUUCAAACUUUUUAUGUUUAGCUCAUGUAAUAUAGUUUAAAAGUAUGCAUUAAAGUGUUUAUAAUAAAAUAACCGUGUCAAAUACUAAAUGCAUUUUUUUGUUUAUGCACAUAAUUGGAAAGAAAUGAGGUCUGAGGUUAACACAGGCUUUGGAGAUCUUAUAUGUUUUAUUGUAUGAAAUAAUAUCAGUCAGUUAACAUGACCUUUAUGAAUUAUGAAGACUUUAUGUGCUUUAUGUGCUUUUUCUGAUUACAUUAAUGCUUCAAAAUCCAUAAAAAGUUAUGAAAAUUAUCUCAAAGAACAAAACGUAUAAGAUCUCCUAAGCCUGUGUUUACCACAGACCUUAUUUUCGGAGUUUACCCAAAAACAUUACAAAAACGAAAUACAUUUCCCCAUUGGCUUUGUCCAACAAAUCAUGGCGGAGUUAGUGUUUACGAAAAGACACCAUUAAUACUGGUCUCUAUCGCCUUGGGGAGAGAGGUGUGGAUUGAAAUGAUAUCCUGUCUUGACUUGAACAUCAGCAUCUGGCUGUCUGAUAUUACACACCUUAAGGGAGGGAAUUUUUGACUUUUUAUACUGCGGUUGAUUCUCCUAGAGAUGAAGGUUGAUGAUGAUUACUCAGUCUGAAUGAGUAAGCAGACAGAACUUUUUUUCUUCAGGAAUUAAACCGUUGUUGACAGAAGAGCAUGACUUGUUUUUUUGUGGACCGUUGAGAGAAUAUAGACAUUCAGAGACCAUCAGACAUUCCAAAGUGGGACUAGAUAAAUAAACAUGGUUCUACAGUAUAUGGAUCAUCCACCAAUUCGUGCAGUUUUGAGCAUGGUUACUUGGUAAAAAAAAUUGUUUAUAAUUUAAACAUUCUGUCAUAAAGAGCACAUGUUCAACUUCAUAAAAAUCAAAUGUUCCCAUUUUAAGAGCUUAAAUAAAAAAAUUACCAUAGUAAGUGCCUAUUAUGUGUCAAAUAAAGUAACAGGGUUGACUGUAACAGGGUUGACGAUUUCAUCUUAAAUCAGCCAUAAAUCCUUGUGCCAGGGGGAAUGGAAGCUUGUUGCGUACAAACAGGGAGGGGAAAUUGAAUGCAAGCUUAAAAAACAAAUAAAAAUUGUUAAAUUAUUUCUAACCUGUCUAUCUAUGGGUAACAGGGUUGACGUGUUAUGCUUGACCCGCUCAGUUUUACACCACAAAACAUCAGAAAAUGGGCAAAAAGAGUAUAACCAGCUCACCCGCCUUUACACCAUGAUUUGACUAUUCAAUGUUCAAUGUUUCUUUUGAAAAAAAUAUUUUUAAAGGAAUAACUUCACCAUAAUUAAAGUGAGAGUUCAGUUCAUGUAACAGGGUUGAGCUUAAAACGAGGGACAGACGUAAAUUAAUCACUAAUCACAUGAAAUAAAUAAAAUCUCAUAAAUUACUUUGUCAAAGCAACAAAAUAACUAGGGCUUUACAAUGAUGGUGAAAAUUUGGAGAAACGUUGGUGUGAAGUGGGUUAAAAUCUUCCUGAAAGUGAUUGAGGGUGUGCGGAGAGACAUGUCAAAAUGCACAAUUUUGUAACUUUAGCAAGUCUUUAUUCAUAUAUCAUGCUUUUAGAAUUCAUUAUUGGUGCAUAGUUUUUCAUUAAAAUAUCAAAGGGACGCAAAAGCACUCAUUUUCAUGGAACGACCUAUAUGCAUACUCUUGUUAUUAUUCAAAGAUUUGCAGACAUGGGAAGAAAUAAAAACAGUACUCAAUGACCAAGUCCAUCUUUCAGGUCUGCAUAUAUUUCAAAUGGUAGCAUUCAUUCUGUCAGAGCUUCUGUAAGAAUGGAAAUGUCAGGGAGAGGAAAGAUCUAGAAGAUUCUGGGGGGAACCAAAUGGCUAAAGAUAAAGGACAUUUAGCAUUUUAUCCGUAAAUAGGACAUUUGCUUUUAGACCCUUUCCAAGAGAGAUUGAUAGAUAAAACACACAAUAAUUUAAGAAAACAAAUGGCAAAGUUCCUUACAUAAUUAAUGAAUGUAAAUAGGGUGUGUAGGCCUACCAGUAUCUCUGGUGGGAUGUCUUUGUUGCUAUGGGCUGUGAUGUUAAACCCAUCUACCCAGCCUUUUUGCUGUCAGUUAGCCAGUGUACCAUCCCUGAUGUUUUCUGGUGUAUCUGAGGUAAAGUUGCGGUAUCCUGGCAACACCUACAUAAUCACACGAUUUAAUUGAGUGGUGAAUCAUCAACCUAUUCAUGGUUUAAGGGCAUUAAAAGUCACUCAAUCAGUGGCGUAAAAAAAAAGAAGUGGAAUGCAUACCAGCAAAGCCACUACACAACACAACACUAAAUAAUACAUUAAUUGUGCUAUAACGGUGACAAACGGUGCCCACAAACUGUUAGAGCCUACAUAAAGCUGUCCCAACAGCAGUCCCAACAUCUUACCGCUGCUACACCUGGCUAUCAGCAGAGACUUAUCUGGCAGCGAAACAGUUCAUUCAGUCUCAUUUACUGCCUUUAAAAAAAACAUAGCUGAUAUGACUGACUUGCUUAAACAAAUGUGGUUUCUAAUGACAACUUAGAUGUACAAACUAUGACAUAAGAAGACGACUAGCGUAUAAGAAGCAAUCCAUAAUUUCGAUUAAGACAUUAAUGAGCGAGCUAGAACAACGUUAGUCAAUAUAACUAUUUGUUUAGCACUUUUGAAAUGUACAGCGACAGAAUUCAGAACACGGGCCGUUCUUACACCAAGUCAGAACCGUAGGAUAAAUAAAGGGGACAUAUAAGCAGACAAUGAAAGCUCUUACAAUAUUCAAUGAUUACAUUUCUCUAAAACAGAUUAUAGGCUACAGUAGAACAUUCAGAACAGUAGGUGGAAUUAAGUAAAUAGACCAAAUUAUUAAUGUGAGGCACAUGGGCUACUAACAUCUUACUACACAACAUACACAUAGUAUUACUUUCUUAGCUACAGUAUACAUAUAUCCCUGGCAUAUUACAUAAUUUAUGAAGCAGCAUACAAUACAUUUUUGGACUCACAUUGUUCAUGGUGUACUCACUUGAACAGGAAGGUGGUGCGGCGGUCCUCCGAGUUAACAGUUGUUUUGAGCGCGUCACAAAUCAUGCUUAAUUGACAGCAUGGCCAAUGUUGAAUGUUAAUCAUUUUAAACUUGGAAAAGAGCCCCUUAAUCACAGAUUUGGGACCACACAGCCACUGUCACUGAUUCCUUCCAAACCACUCAUUGUUGAAUUUGCAAUUUCCAACUUGUUGUGUAAUGUUUAUGUCCAGUGGCCGAUGAGCACCGAUACGUUUUAUCUGUAAUUUCUCUCCAUUAUUUCUCUUCAUAUGACAAGGAUUAAAAUGAUUUGCCAGUA